AUGGUAGCUCAACAUCCAACUGAAUCUCUAGAUCAAAUUGGAUUUAGAUUAUCAAAGAAAGGCAUAAAAGUUAGUAAAACAACAUUAAGAAAAAGAUUUAAAGAAGCUGGUGUACAAUCAAUGAAGCCAACUUCCAAGCCAUUGUUAACAAGUGAUCAUAUUCAAAAAAGACUCAAAUGGGCUAUUGAACAUAAAGAUGUUAACUGGAAUCAAGUCGUUUUUACAGAUGAGACUUCAUUUUAUAUGAAACAAGUGAUAAGACGUGUAUGGAAAAAGCGUGGUGAAAAUUAUUAUGUAUCAACAAUCAAACAUCCUAUCAAAAUUCACGCUUGGGGCUACUUCAAUAAAAAAGGAUUUGGUGCAACAACAUCUGUAUCUAUAGAAGAAAUUGCUUUAACUGAUUUAACUGAUCUUUCAACAAGUUCUCGAGACAUAGCUCGUGAAAUAUCUUCUGUAACACAAACUACUCCUCUUGUUAAUCCAUUAAAUAGUAUGCAUAUUUAUAUUGUCAAACGAAAAAAGACAAGCCUUUUUGGUUUAAUGUUCUAA